UUGGAAGAUUUAUACGUACAAAUAAUCGAUAGAAAGGCAGAGGUUAAUAUUAUAAUGUGAUUAAAAAGCAAACAAGCUCGUAGAAAAUAAAGUGCACAGAAAAAUACAAGUUUUGUAUCAUCUCAAUCUGUAGAAUUUCACUCAGGCGGGCUUCGGGCGCCCUUGUGAGUGAUGACGUCAGCGGUGAUUUGGAAGAUGUAGAAAGUUUAAACCAAAAAAAACGACGUUUUGUUUUAAGUUCAUCAAUUUGUUUUAAAUGUACGAAGCGUUUGUAUGACAGCACAAAUGGCGCAUAGUUUAAAUAUAUCAAGUUGAAAGCCUCCAUCCUCAUCAUGCCUGUGAAGAUGCAGAAGAACUCCCAGACUCACUACAUCGAGCUGGGGGGUUAUCAGUACUGGCCGGUACUGGUUCCUCGUGGUAUCCGCCUCUACACCUACGAGCAGAUCCCGGCCUACCUGAGGGACAACCCGUACAUCACGGAUGGAUACAGAGCCUACCUGCCCUCCCGGCUGUGCAUUAAAAGCCUCUUCAUCCUCUCCAAUGAGACGGUGAACAUUUGGAGUCACCUGCUGGGCUUCCUGCUUUUCUUCUGCCUGGCCGUAUACAACAUGGCCGUCGUGCUGCCGGACAUGGGUGCCUCCAAAGAGGACUACGUCAUCUACUCCAUCUGCCUCUUCUGCUUCCAGCUGUGCUUGCUGUGCUCGGUGGGCUACCACCUCUUCUGCUGCCACCGCUCGGAGAAGACCAGCCGCCGCUGGAUGGCGCUGGACUACGCCGGCGUGUCCAUCGGCAUCCUGGGCUGCUACGUGCCCGGGGUCUUCUACACCUUCUACUGCAACAACUACUGGCGGCAGGUGUACUUGCUGACGGUGCUGGCCAUGGUCCUGGCCGUCUUCUUCGCUCAGAUCCACCCUCACUACCUCAGCCAGCAGUGGAAGAAGCUGCGCUCGCUCAUCUUCUGCUCUGUGGCCUCCUACGGCCUGGUACCCAGCAUGCACUGGGUCUGCAUCCACGGCGGCUUCUCCGACCAGCUGGUGCAGGCCUUUGUUCCACGGGUGCUGCUCAUGUAUUUGAUGGCAGUGAUGGCUCUCAUCUUCUUCAUGUCCAAAGUCCCCGAACGAUACUUCCCAGGGCAGCUGAACUACCUGGGCUCCAGCCACCAGGUGUGGCACCUGCUGCUGCUACUAAUGCUGUACUGGUGGCACCAGUCGUCCUGCUUCAUCAUGGCCUACCGCCGGAGCCGCCCCUGCACUCCCAGCCACAAUGUAAGCUAACUCCCAUCAUGCACCGCUCCAACACCCGCUGACCAUAUAUGGUCAUGUGUACCAGCACCAGGUGUCGCUAGUCAGGCUUUUAAAGAGCGCCAAUUAUUUCACUGGAACUAGCAGGAAGUGACGUAACGUAGUCUGCUAGCUAACCCACGCGUUACAUCUGUGUUUGUUUAUAAACGUCUUCUUUCCCACCAAUAAAAGAAGAUUGUCCUCA